AUGAGUUUAGGCUGUAGCAUAAGAGAGGCUACUUUAAAGGCAAAGAGCAUCCAUGUUUUUUACUCCGUCGUGCAUACAUACCAAAGAAUGUGCAUGGGCACAACGUUUAAAAUUUUCCUGCUUGUUUACCAUUCCACUGCUGUUUCUGAUUACAGUAAUCGAUUUUGUGCAUUUGUUGAAAGAACAUUAAAACACGAUCAGAUCUGCCUUUACCAGUGCAGCCCUUAUUCCUCUGAAAGACCUUCAACCUGUAAAGAGAAACGAUAUCGCGCAUUGUUCUUUUUCGUUUUAGUAGCAUACCUUAAAAUUUUAUGUGCUCAGUUGCUUACACAGUUACAUGACCCCAGUUAUAUUGUCAAGCCGUGUCAAUGCGAUAUCCCUAUCAUUAACUUAGGGCUAUGA